CUCAGAGCACCCCAAACUUGACACCAUGAAGAUCCCAGUGCUUCCAGCUGUGGCUCUUCUUUCCCUCCUGGCGCUCCACUCUGCUCAGGGGGCUGCCCUGGGGAGUUCUGAGGAAGAAACCAACAUCGAUAAUUACGCAGCGGAAUCUGAGGGCCUCAACUCUCAGUUCCUGAAUGUUGACAAGUUGCGAUCUGCUUUUAAGCCUGACGAGUUCCUGAACUGGCAUGCGCUCUUUGAGUCUAUCAAAAGGAAACUUCCUUUCCUGAACUGGGAUGCUUUUCCUAAGCUGAAAGGACUGAGGAGUGCAACUCCUGAUGCCCAGUGACCAUUUCCUUCAAGAGCCAGCACUGCUGACCCCCAUUAGAAGAGGGGGCUGGUGUGAGAUCUGAUUCUCAACCUACGAUAAUACUUUCCUCAUUCAGUAACUUCAAUAAAAUAUUUUCCAUCCAAACA